CGUGCAGCCGGUUCCCAUUCCCCUACACGCCGUACCGCAUCCAGGAGCAGUUCAUGGAGGCGCUGUACGGCGCGCUGGAGGCCGGCCGGGUCGGCAUCUUCGAGAGCCCCACGGGCACGGGAAAGUCCCUGAGCCUCAUCUGCGGGGCCCUGUCGUGGCUCCGGGACUUGGAGGAGAAGAAGCGGCAGGAGGAGGCGCGGCUCCUGGAGGGGCUGAGCCCGGCCGAGCCGGGACACCCGGGAAGCACCGACACGGCCGGGGAACCGGACUGGGUGACGGCGUUCGUGCAGAGGAAGGAGGAGCGGGACAAGGUGGACAGGCUAAAGGAAGAGCAGAUCAGGAGGAAAAAGCGGGAAGAUCGUCUCGAGAAAAUUCGCAAUAACGUGCAGUUAAAAUAUGCAGCAAAGAGGAAGUUUAUGGUCAUGGGAACAGAAUACCACCCAAAGGAAGCCAGGCUGGAAGAAGAUGAUGAUGAUUUGGAAGAGGAGCAUGUGACUAAGAUUUACUACUGCAGCCGCACUCACUCCCAGCUCUCUCAGUUUGUGCGCGAGGUGCAGAAAAGUCCUUUUGGCAAAGACACACGUCUGGUUUCCCUGGGAUCCAGGCAGAACCUGUGUGUGAAUGAGGAGGUGCGACGCUUGGGUGCUCUCCAGCUCAUCAAUGACCGCUGCAUGGAGAUGCAAAAGAACAAACAUGAAAAGAAGAGUGAUGAAGAGAAUGAAGGGAAGAAGAGACGUGUGAGCCGCGCCGUGUGCCCAUUUUAUUCCUAUGAGCAAAUGCAGUUUCUCCGCGAUGAAGUUCUAGUGGAAGUGAAGGAUAUUGAGCAGUUGGUGUCUUUGGGAAGGGAAACCAAAGCCUGUCCAUACUAUGGGAGUCGAUAUGCCAUUCCUGCUGCUCAGUUGGUGGUGCUGCCUUACCAGAUGCUCUUGCAUGAGCCUACCAGGAGCGCUGCUGGGAUCAAGCUGAAGGACCAGGUCGUAAUCAUUGACGAGGCCCACAACCUCAUAGACACCAUCACCUGUAUCCACAGUGCGGAGGUCAGCGGCUCUCAGCUUUGCUGUGCCCACUCCCAGCUGUCCCAGUACAUGGAGCGAUACAGGAAACGUUUGAAGGCAAAGAACUUGAUGUACAUUAAGCAGAUCCUGUAUUUACUGGAGCGGUUUGUGGCCAUGCUGGGAGGUAAUGUGAAUCAGAAUCCUGGCUGUCAGACAGUUUCCCAAACAGGGACAGUGCUAAAAUCCAUCAAUGACUUUCUAUUUCAGAGCCAGAUCGACAAUAUAAACCUCUUCAAGGUUCAGCGUUACUGUGAGAAGAGCCUCAUCAGCAGGAAGCUUUUUGGGUUUGUGGAGCGAUAUGGAGGCCCUGCCGCAGCUGUGAAAAACAACAAGGAGAACCAGAAGAUGGCUGGUUUGCAGAACUUUCUCCUGACCCUUCAGCAGGGAUCUGAUAAGAAGGAAGGCACCCCCCAGAGCCCUCCUGUGGAGGCUGAGAACGACCAGCUCCGAGCUGCCUCUCCACUGAUGCAGAUUGAAGGAUUUCUGUCAGCCCUCACAAAUGCAAACCAAGAUGGCAGAGUCAUUCUCAACAGGCAAGGCACAGUUGGUCAGAGCAGUCUCAAAUUCCUCCUGCUGAAUCCAGCUGUCCACUUUGCCAAGGUGGUGGAAGAAUGCCGUGCUGUAAUCAUUGCUGGAGGCACCAUGCAGCCGGUGGCUGAUUUCCGAGAGCAGCUGCUGUCCUGUGCUGGUGUGGACCCUGCACGUGUCCUGGAGUUCUCUUGUGGACAUGUGAUUCCUCCAGAAAACAUCUUACCCAUAAUCCUCUGCAAUGGUCCUUCCAACCAGCAGCUGGAAUUCACCUACCAGACAAGAGACCUGCCCCAGAUGAUGGAUGAGACAGGUCGGAUCCUUUGCAACCUGUGCAACGUGAUCCCUGGAGGUGUGGUGUGCUUCUUCCCCUCCUAUGAAUAUGAGAAGCAGGUGUAUGCACACUGGGAGAAGACAGGGCUGCUCACCCGCCUGGCAACUAAGAAGAAGAUCUUUCAGGAGCCUAAGAAAGCCAACCAGGUGGAGCAGGUGCUGGUGGAAUAUGCCAAGUGCAUAAAGCGCUGCAGCCAGGCAGGAGGACAGAUGACAGGGGCCCUGCUGCUUUCUGUAGUUGGAGGCAAAAUGAGUGAAGGGAUCAACUUCUCUGAUGACCUGGGAAGGUGUGUGAUUAUGGUGGGAAUGCCUUACCCCAACAUUAAAUCUCCAGAGCUUCAGGAAAAAAUGGCUUGGCUUGACAAAACAAUGCCCAGAGCUGCUGGCCAGGCACCUAGCAGAGUGCUGAUUGAAAACCUGUGCAUGAAGGCAGUAAACCAGUCAAUAGGCAGAGCCAUUCGGCACCAGAAGGACUUUGCGAGCAUCCUGCUCCUGGACCACAGAUAUGCACGGCCUGCCAUCUUUAACAAACUGCCACAGUGGAUCAGGGAGAGAACCCAGGUGAAACCUGCCUUUGGAUCAGCAUUUGCAGAAUUAAGAAAGUUCCAUCGAGGGAAGUUGGAUGUUUUGUGAUGUGGCCCAGAGAACAGACGGUAUUCACCUCUGUGAGUUGCACCUCUGAAAAAUGGGUGAAGCAACACAAUCUGCUUUUGUAUACCAUGGACUUUGUAAAUCUCUGCAUUCUGCCUCCUUUGUGGAUGUUUGCUGUUCAGUAUCUGAGCACUAUGAUGGUGAGACAGCCUUCAGCACCAUAACCGGGAGGGAAACUGGUUGUAGGUCUGAGGCAGGUGAAGGUAGUAGCAGCAGGCUUCUAUUUGUUUACAGCUGUUAAGGUUUUAUUUAAAUUGAUUAA